CUCAUAUAAUAAUAUUCCCAUAGCAAUAAAAUAACAGUGAGUUAAUACAUAAACACAGUGCAAAUCGCAUAAUGAAUUUGUUUGAAAAUAUAAGCAAGAGCAAUUGAGCAACAAAACCAAUACCAGAUUUCCGAACAAGAAAUCCUCUCCAACUUCGAGGAUAAACAAGCAACUUUAUACUUCAAUUUUGCUGAAUUUAGGUCAGAAAUCAAAAUUUUGGAAAAUAGGGUUUCCAAGAGUUGAUUAAAUCGAGUAUGGAUGUAAUUAAAUCUCAGCAGAUAUCAUUCAGGGCGAUCCAAAAAGUAGUAGUUCAUCCAUUAGUGCUUCUUAGCAUCGUCGAUCAUUUCAAUCGUGUUGCACGCGAUACUAAGAAGCGUGUUGUCGGUGUAUUGCUUGGUAGCUCUUCCAAGGGUACUGUUGAUAUUACUAACAGUUAUGCAGUUCCCUUUGAGGAAGAAGACAAAGAUCCAGGAAUCUGGUUUCUAGAUCACAACUACCAUGAAUCUAUGUUUUCAAUGUUCAGGAGGAUUAAUGCUAAGGAGCAUGUUGUAGGCUGGUACAGCACUGGUCCUAAGCUACGGGAGAAUGAUUUGGAUAUCCAUAGAUUGUUUAAUGACUACGUUCCAAAUCCCGUAUUAGUUAUCAUUGAUGUGCAACCGGAAGAGCUAGGAAUACCCACAAAAGCUUAUUAUGCUGUUGAAGAAGUGAAAGAGAAUGCAACACAGAAGAGCCAGAAGGUAUUUGUCCAUGUUCCUUCUGAAAUUGCUGCCCAUGAAGUGGAGGAAAUUGGAGUGGAACACUUGCUCAGAGAUGUGAAGGAUACAACCGUCAGUACACUAGCAACAGAGGUUACUGGGAAACUUGCAGCUCUUAAGGGGCUAGAUGCUCGUCUUAAAGAGAUCCGAAGUUAUCUUGAUCUUGUUAUUGAUGGAAAGCUCCCCCUUAAUCAUGAAAUAUUAUACCAUUUGCAGGAUGUGUUCAACCUUCUUCCAAAUCUUGGUGUGCCUGAUUUGGUCAAGGCUUUUGCAGUCAAAACAAACGACAUGAUGCUGGUCAUAUACCUGUCUUCCCUCAUUCGAAGUGUGAUUGCGCUCCACAACUUGAUCAACAACAAGAUGCUUAACAAAGAGCAUGAGAAGGCAGAAGACUCAAAACCAGUAGCUGUACCUGCUGCAGCCGGAAGCUAGAAUCUAGUUCUUGUUUGAUUGAUGAGCUUCAGGGAGAGUACAGAUUGUGCGCGUUAAAGCAACUUGUUUUCUCAAUACUAUCAUUUGCAUUUAUCGCUAUAUCUUUAGAUUUGGAGCGAAAAAUUGCUUUAAUGCAUCAACUAUCUGCCUACCAGCGUUGGGAUUUUGUAAGGCAGUUCGAUAUACCGAAUUACAUAAGGAGUAUAUCAACAAGAUUAAUCAUAUGUUCCAAAACCCCGUCAGUUCAUUUUUCAAUUGAUUUCUUGUUCAUAAGGA